AUGGACCCCCUGAGCACCGGUGCAAGCGUCGUCACCUUUCUCGGGCUCGCCUUUUCGGUUACCAAGACCGUUCACGAUGCCCUUUCUACCAUACAGGAUGGGCCGCAAGUCAUUCAGCAUCUCAGGGAAGAGUUUUCGCAGCUGAGAGGUAUCCUGGAGCGAUUGUCACAAAUAUCGAUGAGCGCGAUCGACGCAGCAGAGCUUGAUGGCUUAGCAAGAAAAUGCAAUGAUGACGUGGCCGGCUUCGAAAUGAGGCUGCGUCGGCUCGAUACUUCUGGGGCUGAUGGCCGCAGAGGCAGGCUCUGGCGGAAGCUGAAGUUGUGCUUCACGGAGAGGGACUUGGAACAGAUGCGACACGCCGUUCGAGGCCACGUCCAAUUGCUCACCAUCCGGUUGAAUCUUUUACAGGUUCAGCAGGGCUCUUUUUCAGCGGCACAGUCAACCGAAAUUCUCAAUCUUCUCCAGAAACUGAGAGAAGAUGUGGCUACCCUUCACCAAGUUAAUCCCGCCCAGACCGCUGCCGGCGACCCAACGGCUCCAGGAAUAGUCGAGUUGGACAUGGCAGAGGACGUCCGUUGUGCCGACUCGGACCUUGCCGACAGCAUUACGCGACUGAUGCAUCUGUUGGAGAAGAAGCCAUGCGUCGUUGACUCGGACGACGCAGAAGAGCUCGUGGGUGACGUAGAGCGCCUUUUACACUCUGUUCAAGAUGAAGCAUCGACAGGAAUGGCUUCAGGGCUAGCUUUUGGUUCCAACGUUUCUCACAAUGACGGAAUCUCAAAAGACUUGAAACUGAUGAGAAGCGUGAUAUUGUCCGCUCCAUCAAUCAACGUCAACCGAAAUGGUAUUUCCCCUCAAUUUGGUACAAAUCUUGGAGCGUACUAA